GAGAAUUAGCUACCUAAUGAUUCGGAUUCGGAUUCUGAUUCUGAUUCACGUAGCACGCAGAGGCACAGACUCCGACACGGAGACGGGCAUGGAUUCGGAAUAGGUGCCCGUUUCAAGGAUAUUAUCCGUUUUACCAGCUCUCCCAUUUCAUUUCCGCCUUCCUCUCUACUCUUUUUCUUACAUUUCUUGCCUUUUGAUUCCUCUCUCUCUCUCUCUCUCUCUCUUUCUCUCUGUCCCAACAUGAUCUCUUCUCCCUUCAUUCCAAGAGUUCCUCUCUCCUCCUCUUCUUCUUCUUCUUCUGGCCCCGUGAUGUUACCAAAUCUCUAUAACUACCCCAGGCCCAAGCGCAAUGAUUUUAAAUCCAGAAACCUCGCGUUCAUGCCUUUGAAAUGCAUUCACAACUCCCGUUUCGAUUCCUCGUCGGAAUCGGACUCUCGACUCCCUAGUUUCUCCGCUUCUUGCUUAACGGCAACGGACACCACUUUAGCUUGCUCCGAUCUCGUCGCCGAUAGGCUCCGCCGCGUCGUAGCCGAGUUCAGGUCUCUCCCGGAGCCAAUCGACCGCGUCAAGCGGCUCUUGCACUACGCGGCGCUCCUUCCCCCAUUAGGCGAUUCGGCUCGAGCGCCGGAGAAUCGAGUCACGGGGUGCACCACCCAGGUGUGGGUGGAGGCCGAGUUGGACAAGCUUGGGCGGGUGAGAUUUAGAGCAGACAGCGACUCGGAGAUAUCGAAGGGAUUCUGCUCGUGCCUCAUUUACAUGCUAGACGGCGCGGACCCCGAGGAGGUGGUGAAGGUGAAGUCGGAGGAUCUGGCGGACUUGAACGUGGGUUUGCACGGAAAAGCCCAUUCCAGGGUGAACACGUGGCACAAUGUUCUUAUUGCUAUGCAGACGAGGACGACGGCUUUGCUCGCUGGCUCCGAGUGAGUUGGAAACCCGCUUUUGGAGCACCCUUCUCCUAUGUUGCCAUCGCCGUUGAUCUUAGCGCAAAGGGAGUUUUGCCGAAGCCCAGGUUGGUGUGUUCAGGAUGUCAAUUGAACAGUUUAGUUGCACACUAGCUGGCAGAUCCUACAUACAUGUGCUUUCUUGAGGCAGCUGCAGUUGCAUCUCCGUUUGUGCGUGUUAUAUUAUGUAAUCACUUUGUAGGAGUAAAAAGCAUGUGCCCCAGAGCUUGUACCUAUAAUUUAACCAUGUUGUUCAACAAUUCUUCAGGGAUAUGCUCAAUUUCCAUAUAUAAACUUACGUUUUAAGGACCUGAAUCCUAGAUGCCACAACAAUGCCUAGUUGUUUCAGCAAAUGGCUACAGACUAUCAUGGAAAAUGAAGAUAUUGCUGAGACCAUCCAGUCACUGCAGAGGCUCCAUAGGACAUAGAGUCACUGUUGCUUCGCCUGCAAUAUCAACAUUUAAUUCUUCAGCUGCUUUAAUGGAGCUAAGCAAAACUCCUUUUUUUUUUUUUUUAUAUUACAAGUCCAUUUUGAGAAUGCUAUAUGGAUUUAAGUGGCUCAUCAUGGAUUAAUUUACUUAUUUUAGGCAAGUGGGAUUAUGGGAUUUAUAUUUGUUUUGUUUACUUUCUAGUUGGGACAUAAGUUCAAUUUUUGCAAUGUUUUGUAAAAAAUUGGGGGAUUUUGUACUAGUUUUGUUUACUUUCCUCGCAAUUGGUGUGGAAACCAUCAUAUAUUGGAACAUAUGACCUAUCCUUC